AGGCAAAAGAGAAGAUGAGGAUAAUUUGCAGACAGCUUGUCUUGUUGUUUUCUGGCUUUUGGGGACUAGCAAUGGGAGCUUUUCCUAGCAGUGUGCAAAUAGGUGGUCUCUUCAUCAGGAACACAGAUCAGGAAUAUACUGCUUUUCGAUUAGCAAUUUUUCUUCAUAACACCAGCCCCAAUGCAUCUGAAGCACCUUUUAAUUUGGUUCCUCAUGUAGACAACAUUGAAACAGCUAACAGCUUCGCUGUAACAAAUGCCUUUUGCUCCCAGUAUUCUAGAGGAGUUUUUGCCAUUUUUGGACUAUAUGAUAAGAGAUCAGUACAUACCUUGACCUCAUUCUGCAGCGCCUUGCACAUCUCCCUCAUCACGCCGAGUUUCCCUACCGAAGGUGAGAGUCAGUUUGUGCUGCAGCUGCGGCCAUCUCUGCGAGGAGCCCUCUUGAGCUUGCUGGAUCACUAUGAAUGGAAUCGCUUUGUCUUCCUGUAUGACACAGAUCGAGGUUAUUCAAUACUUCAAGCAAUUAUGGAAAAAGCGGGACAAAAUAGCUGGCAAGUCAGUGCCAUCUGUGUGGAGAAUUUUAAUGAUGCCAGCUACAGGCGGCUUUUAGAAGAUCUGGACCGAAGACAAGAGAAGAAAUUUGUAAUAGACUGUGAAAUAGAGAGGCUUCAGAAUCUCUUAGAGCAGAUUGUGAGCGUGGGAAAGCAUGUUAAAGGAUACCAUUACAUUGUUGCCAACCUGGGAUUCAAAGAUAUUUCUCUGGAGAGGUUUAUGCAUGGAGGAGCUAAUGUGACUGGAUUUCAGCUGGUAGAUUUCAGUACACCAAUGGUAACUAAACUGAUGCAGCGCUGGAAGAAGCUGGACCAGAGAGAAUACCCAGGAUCCGAGACCCCACCAAAGUAUACAUCUGCAUUAACAUAUGAUGGAGUACUUGUGAUGGCUGAAACUUUCCGUAAUCUUAGAAGACAGAAAAUUGAUAUUUCAAGAAGAGGAAAUGCUGGUGAUUGUCUUGCUAACCCUGCUGCCCCAUGGGGUCAAGGAAUUGAUAUGGAGAGGACAUUAAAACAGGUUCGAAUACAAGGAUUGACAGGAAAUGUUCAGUUUGACCACUAUGGUCGCAGAGUCAACUAUACGAUGGAUGUCUUUGAGCUGAAAAACACAGGCCCCCGGAAGGUUGGUUACUGGAACGACAUGGAUAAAUUAGUUCUGAUUCAGCAUGAACCUACACUUGGAAAUGACACUUCAGCCAUUGAGAAUAGAACAGUAGUUGUCACUACAAUUUUGGAAGCCCCAUAUGUUAUGUUCAAGAAAAACCAUGAUACGUUUGAAGGGAAUGACAAGUUUGAAGGAUACUGUGUAGAUCUGGCGUCAGAAAUUGCAAAACAUAUUGGUAUCAAGUACAAAAUUGCCAUUGUUCCUGAUGGAAAAUAUGGAGCAAGGGAUCCAGAGACAAAAAUCUGGAAUGGGAUGGUGGGAGAACUUGUUUAUGGGAAAGCAGAGAUUGCUGUUGCGCCUCUGACCAUCACUUUGGUACGAGAAGAGGUCAUUGAUUUUUCUAAGCCUUUUAUGAGUUUGGGGAUAUCCAUUAUGAUCAAAAAGCCCCAGAAAUCUAAACCAGGAGUGUUUUCCUUCUUGGACCCUUUGGCGUAUGAGAUCUGGAUGUGCAUAGUCUUUGCCUACAUUGGUGUCAGUGUGGUCCUGUUCCUAGUUAGCAGGUUUAGCCCAUACGAGUGGCACACAGAAGAACCAGAGGAUGGGAAAGAAGGACCCAGUGACCAACCUCCCAAUGAGUUUGGCAUAUUCAACAGCCUCUGGUUUUCCCUGGGUGCCUUUAUGCAACAAGGAUGUGAUAUUUCCCCAAGAUCCCUCUCAGGUCGCAUUGUUGGAGGUGUCUGGUGGUUCUUCACGCUCAUCAUUAUUUCAUCCUAUACUGCUAACCUCGCUGCUUUCUUGACUGUUGAGCGAAUGGUCUCGCCCAUAGAAAGUGCAGAAGACCUUGCCAAACAAACUGAAAUUGCUUACGGGACACUGGACUCAGGGUCAACCAAAGAGUUCUUCAGAAGAUCAAAAAUAGCAGUGUAUGAAAAGAUGUGGACCUACAUGAAAUCAGCAGAGCCGUCAGUGUUCACUAGGACUACUGCAGAGGGAGUAGCUCGUGUCCGCAAAUCCAAGGGCAAGUUUGCCUUCCUGCUGGAGUCCACCAUGAAUGAAUACAUUGAGCAACGAAAGCCUUGUGACACCAUGAAAGUGGGAGGAAAUCUGGAUUCGAAAGGCUAUGGCGUAGCCACACCGAAGGGUUCUCCAUUAAGAACUCCUGUAAACCUUGCCGUUUUGAAACUCAGUGAGGCAGGCGUCUUAGACAAGCUGAAAAACAAAUGGUGGUACGAUAAAGGUGAAUGUGGACCCAAGGACUCUGGAAGUAAGGACAAGACGAGUGCCUUGAGUCUCAGCAACGUUGCUGGAGUCUUCUACAUUCUGGUUGGAGGCUUGGGCUUGGCAAUGCUGGUGGCUUUGAUAGAGUUCUGUUACAAGUCCAGGGCAGAGGCGAAGCGAAUGAAGCUUACCUUUUCUGAAGCCAUAAGAAACAAAGCCAGAUUAUCCAUCACGGGAAGUGUGGGUGAAAACGGCCGCGUAUUGACUCCCGACUGCCCGAAGGCCGUGCAUUCUGGAACUGCAAUUAGACAAAGUUCAGGAUUGGCUGUAAUUGCAUCGGACCUACCAUAA